AUGUCGGCACCAGCAUCGUCAUCCGCAAUAGCACCAUCGCAGCCAACUGCGCCAGGUCACGCGCGUCACUCUGCGUCUUGGUCGGCGUCCGCAUCCGAUCCGAGCGGUGCAACUUGUGCCGUCGCGCCUUGUACCUCUUUGACACCACCACGGACAAGGUUCGAUGCAUCACAGCUACAAGCGCAUCUGUCGAGCACACUAGCCGCGCGUCUGCGCAACGCAUCGUGGGACAAGUCGGACAAGGACAAGAAUCGCGCUCUUAGCAGAUCCAUAGCCGAAGUCAUCAAGCUCAAGAUGUUGGAGAUCGAACCUAAAGGCUUCAAAUUCAUCGUCCAGGUACAGCUCGUCGAGAAUCUCGGUCAAGGCGGAAGCCGACCUGGCGUGUCACUGGCAAGACACGGACAGUGUUGUACAGGACAUGUAUUCGAAUGA